AUGGGGUUUCAAAAAGGUCGUAGUAAGAAAACAGCCAUCAGUAAUAAGCAGAAAUGCGGCUUCUUACGUGCUAGCAGCUCCCAUGGUGACAACCCAUUCGACGUACGCAGUAAUGCCACAAAUCAAAAGUAUGAAGUUCUUGGACGUCGUGUAAAAGGCGCAGGUCGCAACGUGUUGAUUGCGCGAGCUAAAGCAGAACGCAAACGUCACAAGACGCUCGGCAUUGAGUUCAAGGCACGGAACAAGAGCAACGUGUUUAAGGACAAACGUCUUGGUGAGCAGGAUCCGACAUUGUCUAUAGAGGACAAAAUGAUGGCUCGGUUUCAGAUGGAACGUAAGCGUAAGAUACGCAAUGCGUCAACGUUUAUACUACGGGACUCCGAUUCAGAGCAGGAAGAAGAUGAUGACUCGUCAUUCUUGACACAUAGAGGGGCAAAACUUACACAAGAUGGUUACGAUAUUCUCAAUGCAAAUGGUUCAUAUGACAAUGAAGACAUAUAUUCGGAGGAAAGUAGAAAGAUGGACAGCGAUAUUGUUCACAAACUUCACUUUGGAGGUGGCAACAGAGACGUCAAUGCACUGGAGAUUGAAGAAGACGGUGGGAAGAGAAAGACCCACAAGGAAGUGAUGCAAGAAGUCAUGAUGAAGGCCAAACUGUACAAGGCGAAGCGACAAAAAGACAAAACUUUGCAGGAAGAUGCUACGGACAAAUUGGACGAAGGGUUUGCGGAUCUGCGUGAACUGCUCGAGUUCCGUCCCACGCGUGCAAAUGGCAAGGAAGUAAUGUCAAAAGAGCCGAUGGAUGACUUUGACAAAAUCACGCGGGAACUUGCGUUUGAGGCCAAGGUCAAGGCGACAGAGCGACGGAUGUCGCCCGAAGAGGCUGCUGCAAAGGAACGUGACCGUCUUGUUGAACGUGAAAAGAAGCGUGUCGCGCGUAUGUACGGUGCUGAUGCUGAUGAUAGUGACAGCGACGACGCUGGAAAGCGCAAGAGCAAGAGUGGCAAAAAGGAAGUGAAAAAAGAGAAAAAAAUGCAGCUUGUUGUGAUGCCGCCCACCGAUGACGAUCUGACUGACGACUACACAGUUGCUAGUCGUUUUGCCGCGAGCGCCGAAGAAGAAGAGGUGGAGGAGAAUGCUGAAGAUGAAGUGGUGGAGGAGAAUGCCUAUGAUAAAGACGGUAGUGAGGAACCUGUUGAGGGUGGAGAGGAAGGGUUCGAUGGCGAUGUUUUAACGGAAUCGGACCAUCCGAAUGAAAACAAGGCAACACAGGAUAAAGUACGGGAAGGUAAUGAAAAAGAAACGAUUGAGGAAGAGGGCAAAAGUGACAAAGUAAUGGAAAAGCAACUGCAGUUGCACGAUGCUGAGGAAGCUGCAGGUGAACUUCCAUUCGUGUUUGAAUGCCCGGAGUCUCCUGAAGAGCUGGGUGCAAUUUUUAAGAAGCACGCACGAGAGUCGUAUGAAAAGCGUGGACUUAUCUUGGAACGCAUUGUGACAUACUAUAAUCCACGACUGAGUGUGGAAAACAAGAGCAAAAUGAAGCGUUUCUUCGCGGUAAUUGUGCGACAGUUCCUGAUCUUUGCAGCGCGAUAUGCUGCACACAAGCAUGAUCUUGAUUUACUGACAAAAACAAUGUACACAUUAGCUCAGGAGAUGAGCGAAACUGCAGGCAUCGUAGCGCGUGAGCUGCUACGUCAGCUUUUCAAGCGUCUGCACAAGCGUGCUUCAAUCUGUGCGUGGCCUACGCUUCCGGAACUUCUUCUGUUCAAGGCCCUGACGUGCAUUUUUCCGACGUCCGACUUGCGACACAAUGUGGUCUCUCCAAUGGAGACGCUGCUCGGAGAGAGUUUAGCUCGUGGUACGGUAAGAUCGCCCCAGGAGGCCACACAGGCGUUGUUUGCCGCUUCAUUGUCUCUGGACAUGAUGCGUUCGAAGGAGCGUUUUAUGCCUGAGGUCGUGACCUUCCUCACUCACAUUCUCCGUGCUUUUGUGACCUCGGGUGUCGAUGAGUCAAAAGACAACAGCAAUGACUGCUAUACUUCAAUCCAUUGGCUGCGUCGUGACUUGCUGAAGUGGGUGUGUACUCGCUCUGACGGGAAGAUGUCUGUGUUGCCACGUGUCGCGUUAGCUGAUAGCUCGUCAUGUAGCGGUGCUCAAGUGUUGAGUUCCCUCUUGGGUCUAGUGGAUAUUUCAUCGGCUCAGUACGCGUCGCUGCCAUCAUUUGACGAGCUUUUUUACCCGCUUUAUCUACUACUCCAUGCUCUGGUGAAGCAGCUGGAAGACAUCAAGAUAUUUGAAGUCAAUGUUGUCAUUUGGAAGCUUCACACACGUCUCAAGUCAUGUUGGAAGACACGUCGACCGCUUCGUCUGCAGAGCUUUAGGCCAAUGACUUUGCCAACAUUCGCUCCGCAGUUUGACGAGAGCUAUACGGCGCGAAAGGACAAGAUGGCACCGAAGGACACUGCACAAUUGAAGCAGCUGCAACGUCAAGUUAAACGUGCACGAAAGAGUGCAGCACGUGAACUUCGUCGUGACACUGAAUUUAUUGAGCGUGAAAAGCAAAAGGAGGAAAAGUCAAGACUGCUAGCCAAGGAGGAGAAACAAAAGGAAAUUCGUCAUUGGCUUGAGGAAGAGAAUGCGACUUUUAACCAACAAGUGCGUAAGGGUGGAAAUAUGCUCAAAGGUGGAGGAUCAUUAGCACGGAUAAAACGCCCAUUUUAA